AUCCAGUUCGGAUGGACCGAAUUGCCGUCCUUAAGGUGAACCAGUGGCCCACUCCAGUCAUUCAAUCACUUCUUCUAUCAAACUGCAACUCAAGUCUACUCAUCUAAAGAUUUAGAUUUCAUGUAGCGACAGGUGUCAGCCAAACGGAUUUGUGAGAAGAACACUGAAUUAUUCCACUCAACCUUUUUUGUUGCUUUUGUAAGGCUAAAAUAAUACAGUCUAAUUGCUCAGCGACAACUUUAACAUGAAAAUUUCCUCUCCUCUCUCUUGUUUCGGUUAGGCUUGGUUCAAACAGAAAGAAGGCGGCUCUUCAGCUCAAUUCAAAGAUAUAUCAAAACCCUUAAUUCAUUCAUGCCAAGAACAGGAAAGCUUUUCAUAGAACCAUAAACAGAGAUUUGUACAGAAAUGGCAGGUCGUAGAGAUAAAGUUCAAUCAGUUCGCAAAAAUCGAAUAAUUGUAGCCAUUUUGAUCGGAUUUAUUGUUGGAUGCGUCUCCGCUUUCUUGUUUCCUCACGGUUUCUUCAGCUCCAAUUCGCUUAUCAAAUAUCGUCAAGUAAUCAAGUCCAAUUCCCAGAUCGGAUCUUCUUGUGAGUCACCAGAGCGGGUUAACAUGCUGAAGUCGGAUAUAGCAUCACUUACUUAUAGGAAUUCUGAGUUGAAGAAGCAGGUCAGGCAGCUUACUGAAAAGCUACGGUUGGCUGAACAGGGAAAAGAUCAUGCACAAAAGCAGGUAAUAGUGUCGGGUGAACAUCACAAAGUUGGGCCUUUUGGAACAGUUAAGGGUUUGAGAACUAAUCCUACUGUUAUUCCUGAUGAAUCUGUGAAUCCAAGAUUGGCAAAGAUCUUGGAGGAAGUUGCUGUUGGAAAAGAAGUUAUAGUUGCUCUUGCAAAUUCGAAUGUGAAAAGUAUGUUAAAGGUAUGGUUUACCAACAUCAAGAACACAGGGAUUAUUAAUUACCUGGUUGUAGCGUUAGAUGACUCAAUUGCAGAAUUCUGCAGAACAAAUGAUGUUCCUGUGUAUAAGAAAGAUCCAGAUGAGGGCAUUGAUUCACUUGCUAGGACAGGGGGUAACCAUGCUGUCUCUGGACUGAAGUUCCGUAUCUUGAGGGAGUUUUUGCAGCUUGGUUACAGUGUUCUUCUCUCUGAUGUUGAUAUAGUGUACUUGCAGAACCCAUUUGAUUAUCUUUAUCGGGACUCAGAUGUGGAGUCUAUGACUGAUGGUCACAAUAAUAGGACAGCAUAUGGCCUUAAUGAUGUCUUUGAUGAUCCAUCGAUGGGGUGGGCACGAUAUGCUCAUACAAUGAGGAUAUGGGUCUACAACUCUGGUUUCUUUUAUGUAAGACCUACAAUACCUUCAAUUGAGCUUUUGGAUCGUGUAGCUGAUCGACUGUCUAAGGAAAAGGCAUGGGACCAAGCAGUUUUUAAUGAGGAGCUCUUUUUCCCUUCACAUCCUGGUUAUACUGGGCUUCAUGCUUCAAAGAGAACAAUGGAUUACUAUCUAUUCAUGAAUAGUAAGGUCCUCUUCAAGACAGUGAGGAAAGAUGAUAAAUUGAAAAAGUUGAAGCCAGUAAUCAUUCAUGUAAAUUACCAUCCUGAUAAAUUGCCAAGAAUGCAAGCUAUUGUAGAAUACUAUGUGAAUGGUAAGCAAGAUGCACUAGAUGCUUUCCCAGAUGGUUCUGAAUGGUAGGAUUAGAACUAAGAUCCAGUUUUGUUCCCUGUAUUGACUCCUUAUUUCUAUUGUUAACUGAAGAAUUAUCGUGGUAGUUCAAAUUUAGUUUACUUCUGUGAGCAUAUUUUCUUCAGUUGUGUUCCCUGGUUGUUCCUUUGAAGUUUUCUUUUGUAUUCAGCUUGGGUAAUUUUCUCUUAUUGAGGAUUUUGAAGAACCUGUUAUAUGCACUUGUUCCCUCCUGUAGACCUAGGCAUUAUUUGCCUGAUCAACUCUUUUCCAGAAUGAUUAUCUGCACUUGUUCCCAUGCUUUAA